AUGAGCACAGAAAGGGGCGAGCGGGGCACCAUUGACACCCACCACACUACAGUCCACAUGCUGGGCAGGCAAAAUGAAGGCAGGCGGCUACGCUACAUGCAGAAAGAUGGCAAGUUCCCUGUGGUUUUCCAGAAGGCCCCCGGAGACUGGAGCCCAUUCCUGAUGGACAUCUUCACCACUCUUGUGGAGAUCCGCUGGAGGGUGAUGCUCCUCAUAUUUUCCCUCUCUUACAUUCUCUCCUGGCUCCUUUUCGGCCUCUGUUAUUGGCUCAUUGCGUACGCAAACGGAGACACUGACGAUGGGGACAACGUACCCUGUGUGGCAAACGUGCGUGGCUUCACCGGGGCCUUCAUGUACUCAAUGGAGAGCCAGGCAACUAUUGGCUAUGGCUUCAGGACGGUGACUGAGCAAUGUGCGGUGGCCAUUGUAGUGCUGACAGUUCAAAGUAUAUUCAGCUGCCUCCUCGACACUAUUAUCAUUGGUAUUGUUGUUGCUAAAAUGGCAUCUGCUCGCAAGAGAGCUCAGACGGUCGGUUUUAGCAGGUGUGCUGUGGUCAACCAGCGAGACGGGGUCCUGUGUCUGUCAUGGCGGCUCGGGGACUUGAGAGGCAAUCACAUCCUGGACGGUGUCGCCAAGGCCCAGUUAGUCUGCUAUGUGAAGCAGCCACUGGGGUCUAUACUGGUGUCGUACCAGGACCUGGAAAUCCAGAAUCGAGACGUUGUCCUGGCCACGCCGGCCACCAUCAUUCACAAGCUGGAGCCCGGCAGUCCCCUCUACAGCCUGGGCCCUGACGACCUCCUGGAGGACACCUUUGAGCUGGUGGUGUCUUUCACCUACACUGGAGACUCCACAGGUAUGCUCCACCAGACACGAACCUCCUACACGCCGGCAGACAUCCACUGGGGUCAGCGCUUCCAGGACAUGCUGAAAGUGGGCAAGAAGCGCUACAAGGUGAACUACGCCCUUUUCAACGAGACCACGUGGGUGUCGGUGCCCCAGCUCAGUGCAGAGGAGUUUGACAGGGGGAGACGUCCUGUCGAGGGCAGCCAGUCCCACGGUCAACCAGUCCCAUUAGUCAAAAGAAAUGGACAUGCCCACCAGACGAAUCCUGACAUCACUGGAGAGGUGAUGCACCAAACCUCUUUGUAG